AUGCGGCGCAGCGGAUCAGCCCUCAAGCACUUUUGGCCGUCGUGCUUUGCUACCGCCGCCAUCAGCGCCAUCCAGAGCCUUCCAUUCAAGCACACAGCGCAUCAUCCAUCUGAGAUCCACCUACCCUACCGCCACCAGACGUCUUAUCCAACACUCGUUUUUCCAUCCUUAUUUGACUCACGUUGUUUUGCCGGCCUCCCUCCGCGUCCUUCUGUCGCCGCGCAGGGAGGGAGCCACCACGACGAGCCUGCGCCAGGGCCAUCGGGGGAGCUGGAGUGCGCUGUCAGCGGGGGCGGCGGAGCGGAGGCGCUCGCAUGGAGGAUUGGCGGGAUGUUCGGCAUCCUCGUGUGCAGCUUGAUCGGCUUCGCGUUGCCUUACCUUCUUCGAAAGCAACAUAGGUCAAUCCUCUUCUUCUUCCGAACCUUCGCGGCGGGCGUGGUGCUUGCCGUCGCGAUCGUCCACAUAUUUCCAGGAGCACAAGAGGCGCUCUCCAACCCGUGCCUGGGAUUUACGGAGGAAUUUCCGUGGGCGUCAGUUUUUGUCCUCUACGCGGCCCUUAUUUCCUUUGUCGUGGAGUGUUACCUGAAGAAGAUCCUUCUUAGAUCGCUGCAGUCUAACAGCGAGAAAAAACACGUUCCAGCAGAGGGCGAGUGCGUCGAAUGCGGGUUGAACACGGAAGAGGAUGAGAAGGCGCUCGUCAUCAGCGGUUACCGCGCAACUUCGUACACUCUCGAAGCGGGAAUUAUCUUCCACUCUAUUUUUAUCGGAAUCGCACUCGGAACAACUCAAGACAUCUCCGAGAUUCAGAGUCUCGUCAUCGCCCUUCUGUUCCACCAGGGGUUUGAGGGUAUCAGUCUCGGCACAACGCUCAUCCCAUGCCAGUUCUCCAAGCUCAAGACAGUUAUCAUGGGUCUCCUCUUUGCCCUCACAACACCGAUCGGCGUGGUCAUUGGCCUUGCGAUCUACUCCUCCUAUAACCCUUCCAGCAAGGCUGCUCUGGCUACUGAGGGGGCUUUCAACGCCGUCUCUGCGGGCAUUCUCAUUUAUAACGGCCUGGUUGACCUCGUUGUGCCUGCUUUUGACGAGGAUGACGAGGCGACACCCAAGGGCGCGGUUCUAGACACCUCCAAGGGCCAAGGCCAGUGUUGGCGCUUUCAUGCUGAGAAGAAAGAUCUGAUCAACAAGAUCGUCGCAAAGGCAUGCUUCCUUCGAGAGCAUGCUGUGCUGGGUCCAGUUUUGGUGAAGAGCCAGUUGCUCGAGCUUACUUGA